AAGGAUAGCUGAAAAAGAGACAAAAAGAGGAGGCGGCCAUGUCAUGAGGAAGAGUGGGUGAGCAAGAGGCUGAGACAGAGAUCAGGCAGUUGGAGGAGGAAGUAGUGAUGGUGAGCACAUGGGUGUGGUUGACUAACAGUUGCCCCAUCAGCAGACAGAAGUUACUGGCAGAGGAAAGAACCGUGAAUUAUGAGGCCGUGGAUACAUCUCUGGAACCGGGCACACUACAGGAUGGAUACCAAGAUCCAUUUGACUUCCAUGACUGUUUUCAUGUUUCUCAUAUUGAAAGUUUCAAGGGCUCAAACCACCAUAACCCCAGGCCAGAUGAUGAACGCAACCAGUGUUGCAGCACCCACAACAACGUUCACCCCUUCUCUACCUCCCACUGGAAGAAGAGUGGAAAGCAGAGCCACCAGGGGGGCUGACUUCUCUCCUUCCUCUCCUGAACGUGCAGCACAGACAGUCAGUACCAGCCACCCACUGAAUGUCGGCAACAGCACACUAGCAACUAAGACUCCAUCAGCUACCAGCAAGCAGUCGACACCACAAGCAAAACCCACAUCCACUCCAGUGACGUCCCGCUCAUCCACAACUACUAGAACCACCACAAAGAGGACCAGUACACCUGCUGCCUUGGGUCCAAUGGGGGAUGAGGAUUUCACCUAUGACUACGAUUCCCUCCGCCACGUUGGACUGGCCAUGGCAGCAGUGCUCUUCAUCAUGGGCAUUAUGGUCAUUAGCUGUGGCAAAGUCUGUCGGCUGCCCAAGUGUCAUGUGGGGUCAACAAAGUCAUAUCGAGUGGUCUGAGCAUAAGCAGAUGAUGUGCGUGCAGUGAUGUACAGAGCUGCAGUAAAACCAGCAGAGUCCAUCAGGAGAGGAGAGAAAAACAGCCAAUCAACAGCUGGCAGUGUGCGUGUGUGCAUUUGUGUGUGGGGGUUAAAUGACUGUAGCUUGCUUAGGAACGGCGUGAUGGAAAAACACUGAAUAAACAAUGGAAACAUGAAUCAUGCUGACAAGUGAAAGAAAGGGCCAUUAUCACCCAGUUAAUCUUUGUUAAAUGUUAUUUCCAUUACUUGGCAAAACUGAACUGAAAAGUAAAUUGAUUAUCUAUCUUG